GUGCCUCGGGCUGUUAUGGUAGAUUUGGAGCCUACUGUUGUCGAUGAGGUUCGGGCAGGAACCUACCGCCAGCUCUUCCAUCCAGAGCAGCUGAUCACAGGAAAGGAGGAUGCAGCUAACAAUUAUGCCCGGGGCCACUACACAGUGGGCAAGGAGAGCAUUGACCUGGUGCUGGAUCGCAUACGGAAGCUGACAGAUGCCUGCUCUGGCUUGCAAGGCUUCCUGAUCUUCCACAGUUUUGGUGGGGGCACUGGCUCUGGCUUCACUUCUUUGCUGAUGGAACGCCUCUCCCUGGAUUAUGGCAAGAAAUCCAAGCUAGAAUUUGCUAUCUACCCAGCCCCUCAGGUCUCCACUGCAGUUGUGGAGCCCUACAACUCCAUUCUGACAACCCAUACCACACUGGAACAUUCAGAUUGUGCUUUCAUGGUGGAUAAUGAAGCCAUCUAUGACAUCUGCCGCAGAAACCUAGACAUUGAGCGCCCUACCUAUACCAACCUCAACCGCCUCAUCAGCCAGAUUGUGUCCUCCAUCACUGCCUCUCUCCGCUUUGAUGGGGCCCUCAAUGUGGACCUCACUGAGUUCCAGACCAACCUGGUGCCCUACCCCCGUAUCCACUUCCCACUGGUCACUUAUGCACCCAUCAUAUCUGCCGAGAAAGCCUAUCAUGAACAACUCUCUGUGGCUGAGAUAACGAGCUCCUGCUUUGAACCCAACAGCCAGAUGGUGAAGUGUGACCCAAGACAUGGCAAGUACAUGGCCUGCUGCAUGCUCUAUCGGGGGGACGUCGUGCCUAAGGAUGUGAAUGUCGCUAUUGCUGCCAUCAAGACCAAGAGGACUAUCCAGUUUGUAGACUGGUGUCCCACAGGCUUCAAGGUGGGCAUCAACUAUCAGCCACCCACGGUGGUACCAGGAGGGGACCUGGCCAAAGUCCAGCGGGCUGUUUGCAUGCUGAGCAACACCACAGCAAUUGCAGAGGCCUGGGCCCGCCUGGACCACAAGUUUGACCUCAUGUACGCCAAGCGAGCCUUUGUGCAUUGGUAUGUUGGAGAGGGAAUGGAAGAAGGAGAAUUUUCUGAGGCCAGGGAGGACCUGGCUGCUCUGGAGAAGGAUUAUGAAGAAGUGGGGACUGAUUCAUUUGAAGAAGAAAAUGAAGGGGAGGAGUUUUAA